CUCUGUAGAGUUGGCGGCAGGCGCUGGCUUCAGCAGUAGGUUGGGCUACUGCUACUACUACCAUUACUACCACCACCACUCCUGGGCUAUUACUCUCUCUGGGCUGGUGGCUUUCUCACUCUUUCCUCCUUCCCUGUCUCUCACUCACUCCUUCUUUGACAUUUUUACUUCUGAAUAUUUUCUUGCUUGAGCGGGAAGAAACCAAUGUAUGGAGGUCAACUGCUUUGGAAUUACGAGAGUCUUGCAUAAUGCAGAGAGCACAGAGGACUGCACCCAAAGCUAGUGCCAGUAAACUGAGCUGACAGACAUGCCAUAGUUCUCCCAUCCUGCUCGAUCAUAAAGAAAACAGAUCUACCACAAAAUUCCAUCUCUUCUGUGUGAUUCUGAGGAAAUGCCUUCUCUAACAUUUGCUAGAAGGAUCAAGCUCAGUCAGUAUCAAAUCCCCACCAGAUGAUUACCACUGGAAAUUGACACAAUUAAGUAACGCCAGGCUCAUAAAGGAAUACUAUACCAGUUCAGCCUCCCCACCUGGUGGGCAAGGAGAAACAACAGAUUCAUACCCAAAGCAACAUUCCUGGAAACAGAAGUUUUCCAGGAACCAAGGACAGAGGGAGGUGGGAAGAAAAAAGGAGGUGCCUUGUGAAAUUUACAUUUUCCAGGGUCCCCAGCCAUAGCAGAGGAAGAAUCUGCCCUCCCUGCCUUCACUGCCACAGCCAGAGUCAGUUUGGCCUGCGUGUUGCUCUGCUACAAUAAGACAUACCUACAACCUGAGUCCCAAGUUUCCAGAGUCAUGAAUGUUAUUCCCAUGAAAUGGAUGCCUAUUGAAAGCUCUGGUGGCUCCCUCAUGUAGAAGGAGGAGGACAAGAAUUAAGGAGGUGUCAAGAUGUCAUUGAAAGUGCAGACGAGUAACAUCACAAACAAGAAUGACCCCAAAUCCAUCAACUCCAGAGUCUUCAUUGGGAACCUCAACACAGCAGUGGUCAAGAAGUCUGAUGUAGAGACCAUCUUCUCUAAGUACGGCAGGGUGGUGGGCUGCUCCGUUCACAAGGGCUAUGCAUUUGUACAGUACUCAAAUGAGAGGCACGCACGGGCCGCUGUCCUGGGGGAGAAUGGGAGAGUACUCGCCGGGCAGACAUUAGAUAUCAACAUGGCUGGAGAACCAAAGCCCAACAGGCCCAAAGGCCUGAAGAGAACAGCAUCUGCCUUGUACAGUGGCUAUGAUUUUGACUACGACUACUACAGAGAUGACUUCUAUGAAAGACUUUUUGAGUAUCGGGGACGGGUCUCUCCUAUUCCCAGGGUGGUUCCUGUGAAGCGUCCACGAGUGACCAUCCCUUUAGUACGGCGUGUAAAAGCAACACUCCCAGUCAAACUCUUUGCCCGGUCUGCCGCCAUUGCAAACAGCUCUGCCAAAUUAAAAUUGAAAUGCAAUGAACUGCAGACAAUUAAAACAGAGUUAACGCAGAUCAAAUCCAACAUUGACGCUCUCUUGGGCAGAUUGGAGCAGAUUUCUGAACAACAGAAAGCAUCGACAGAGGUUAGAAAGAAAGCAGAUGGAAACAAAAGCGAGCUUUCCCAAGAAGACACAGCCUCAGAGGCAGAAAUGAACACAGAGGAGCCACUGAAUGGGGAGGAGGGAGAAGAAGAAGGUCUCGUGCGGGAUGACUGUGAGGAUGAAUUGGAGAAUAGCCAUUACACAGAUGUGGAGGAUUCCAGCCUACAGUAACCAGCAUGUUCGGCGAAACAGUAAUGAAAAGAGGAUAGCAAAGAGGUUAAACCCUGCCUUGGCAUGUUGAGCAAGAGAAGCAUAACAUGCAGGACUGCCAUCAUCUCUCUGCCUGGCACUCAAAAGGAGAAACAUGGACCAAUAUAUCCAAGCUGUUGUGCAGUACACAGCAGACUAGUCAUCCCAAUGGAUCCUCCUCAUCACCCAUCCAAUCUACCUUUGUACUACAGACUUAGAGCCCUGUUGCUAGCACAAGCACCAAUUGUUCCAUGAUCUCCAAUAGCCAGAUAUUGGGACUGAUUUCUCACACCAGGAGAAGACAAAGAGACAUUCUAUAUAAAGAGCCUACUGUGAGACAGGAUGGGGACCUGAUGUGUAAAAUGAAGAGAGAAAAUUAUUUCACUAUAUACAAUUUAUGGUUUUGCAUUUGGAAACCAGAUUAUGACUGGGAUAGCCAGGGGUGCCUCCUUCUAGUCCAUUUACCUCCUUUCUAAGUAGCUUUGCUCCUGCAUUACCCUGCAGACUGUGGCAUUUGGGACAUGCCCUUGUUAUAUGGUGUGCCCUUUGGAAAACUGAACAGAGCACAUGGCUAUUAACAGAUCAUUCUGUACAGGAGUAACAAACCAUCUUUUGUUCAUCCAGUUUCCUAAGCAUCAGCAAUGGUUAAGGUGGGUGGUAGGUCCAUGCUAGAGAGGCAGGUGUGAGUACUGAAUGAAGUUAUAGUAGAGCAUACAAUAGGAGACACAUAUUAAAUCAAACUUCUCAGAAUAAGGGAUGUAAUUGUUCACUUUACAACCCAGCAGCACCCAUGCUGUUCAUUAAAUUUCCAUAAGUCAUUUAUUUGCUCUUUAUAAAAAUAAGGAAAAUCAAAUCAGGUCUAAAAGGGAAAGGAUGAGAUGGUCACAUGGCAAUGGAGCCUCCCCCCACAAUCACAUGGCACCUGAAACCAAUCAAGUUGAUGACCCAAGAGGCUAAAGAUGAGAAGAAAGCUAGUUUCUCGUCAUUUUUGUCUAAGGAUACAAUAGGGAUGGGUGAGAAAUUUGAUUCAAUUCACAUUUAAAGCCAAAUUUAACAAAUUCACGCUUUCUGAAAUAAUAUUAAACCAAAGCACAGCCAUCUUUCUAAAUUGACAUGUAUCCGCAUUUUCCAAUGUUCUCUAACCAAGCAAUGUUUACAAAAAUACAUGUAUUAGGGGGAAAUGUGCAGAAAAAUGGGUACUGGUGAAAAUAACAUACAGAAAUGCAUUAUAUUAGGAUAAACUGCUUGCAGAAAAAGUGUACAUUACACAAAACCACAUACAAAAAUAUAUUUAUUAUGAGAUAUUUGCACUAAAAUUUUCAUGAGUUUUUAAAAAGAAAAAUUGCAAAGUGCUGCAGAAAUAUGGAGAACCAAAUUUAAGAUGAGAAAAAUGAGAAAUUGAGAGAACUGAAAUUGGCAGAUCAUUCCAUCCCUAGGAUACACGCAUGAAGUAAUCUGCAUCCUGUAGUCUCCAUUGCCCCUUCUCUGAAAUGCAGAUGCUUUCAUCCCACUCACACCUAUAAAGACAAAUAGGUAUGCAACACAUGUUGUGCAGCUUAUUAAGCUAAAACAUCUUUGCAAUAUUCCCAUCUGUGUACAAUCCUCUCGUAAGACAGGUUAUACAGUACCUGGUCACCAGCUUUAGAGGUAGAUGGUGUGGUGCUUGCCUAGCAGUGCGACUCUGUCCUACAGAGUCUGACCCGCUGCUUGGAAAAGGAGAGUAAGAGCUGUAUUAUUGAUUAGGCCUUGGUUCUAAACUUUCUUCAACGGAUUUCUGCUGGAAAACAUACAUCCUGAGAGUUUCCCUUCCUUAGGGCAUGUUAACAGCAGGUCAUGGCUCUCAAAGCACAACAAUGCACAUCCGUUUCUUUCUUGAAAAUACACCUGGAGAGUAAAAAGGGGCACGUGUUUUAUUUUUCUUUGCUUUCUUUUUCUAUUGCCUUUUCUCUUUUGUGUCUCUUGCAAAGUUUGCCCACUUUGUUGUAUUGAUCUAUUUUAGAAUUACUUUCUAGGCUUUGUUUUCCUAUGAUCCAGCCACAAGAUUGAGGUAUGGAAGGAAAGGAGGGGGCCUUGUAUAUAAAACCCUGUAUAAUAAAAGGAGGAACUUGAUCCAUCUUGUAGUCUUGCUUUUU